GCCAAUUCCAGUCAACUUACAUCAAACUCAUGUCCAUAUUUAAUAAAACUCAUUCUCAAUGCCUUUGGACACUAUAUAUCUAGUACGCCAUGGUGUACGUACCCUACCUUCGUCCCUGCAAUUUCUCUCUUCAUCUGCCACGGUUCUUUAGACCUAACCAUACGCAUCUUUCCAACACCAGCACCGGUUAAAUUGGUCAAUUGACUACAAGACAGGAGAGUAUAUGUCUAUGUACCCGAGUCCUACAGGGAACGCAGCAGAUCCGACCUUAACUUCUCAUGGGCUGCGACAAUCGCAAGAGCUUGCAGCACAUCUGAGCAGUCCUGAAUUCAGACCAAAGCCAUUCAGAGUAUAUUCGAGUCCAUUUUAUCGGUGUCUGCAGACAAUACAGCCUGGCGUGGAGGUAUUGAAAGAAAGACAAAAGUCAGGGGCGGCGGAUAUUGAAGCUGGAGCCUGCUACGAUGUGAGGAUUGAGAAUGGAUUGGGCGAAUGGUUCGGCUCAACAACCUUCUUUGAUCACCCAUCCCCUGCAACUCCCACCACCCUCCAACCUCUCUUCCCAACCCUCCUCCCCUCCGAAAACCAUUACAAGCCACUCCUCAUUCCCUCGAACCGCGGCGAAACAAUCGCCCAACUCCACAACCGCAUUGCCACGACCCUCUCUGCCAUAAUUGCCGAAGUAGACGCCGAGGUCCACGCCCUCGAAUCCUCCCAACCCCCGUCGCAGAAGAAAACAAGUAAAGCCAUCCUGAUUUCCUCGCAUGCCGCGCCGCUGAUCGCCAUGGGACGCGCCCUAACGGGGAAUAUGCCCGACGAUAGUUCCGUGGAGGAUUUCCAUGUUUUCACAGCUGGUUUGAGCACGUUCGUGAGGAGGAAAUCAUCGUUUUCAUCAUUCUUGUCGCCAUCGUCACUAUCUAAUGAAAAAGAGGAUGGCUUAGGCACUUCUCUCGCACAGGGAACGCAGUUACUUCGUCCUGGAACAGAUCUGGGUGUACUGGGAGUUCCUAAUUGGAAGAAUGGGAAGGGGGUCGGGGGUGGAUGGGAUUGUGUCGUGAAUGGGGAUUGUAGGUUUUUGAGCACUGGUGCUGAGAGGGGAUGGCACUUCAACGGAGAUGAAUCCUUCGAUACGGGCCCUAUGGAUGGCUCAUCAUCUUCUACUAAAGUUCCUUCAUUGGCUACGCCAGGUAUACCGAGUACGAAAUUAUAA